AUGCACGUAUAGUAAAAGAUGAUGAAGAUUAGUUUCUCUCCCAUUCACAACUGUUCAAGUUUGAGAAUAGGCAUGGUGUUUUCAAUGUACACAUUGUAUAUCCGAAUAGCUUAAACGUUUAAAUAGUAUUUCACGAGUUCUUUCUUUUAUCAUGUGGGCUGAUACUAUUUUAAUCGUAUUUAUUAGUAUUUGUACAGCUUUAUUAGGAGAAGGUUUAACAUGGUUGAUGGUUUAUAGAACAGAAAAAUACCAAAAAUUAAAAGCUGAAGUAGAAAAACAAAGUAAAAAACUGGAAAAAAGAAAAGAAGCACAUGGGGAUUCGUUAGAUAAACAACAAAAAAAGAAGAUUGAACGGGAAGAAGAAAGAUUAAAAAACAAUAACAGGGAUUUGUCUCUUGUAAAAAUGAAAUCAAUGUUUGCAAUUGGAUUUGCAUUCACAGCUCUCCUAAGUAUGUUUAACAGCAUUUUUGAUGGCAGAGUUGUGGCAAGGUUGCCUUUUGUACCCAUUAGUUGGAUACAAGGUUUAUCACAUAGAAACCUUCCAGGAGAUGACUAUACAGAAUGUUCAUUUAUUUUUUUAUAUAUAUUGUGCACCAUGAGUAUUAGACAGAAUAUUCAAAAAAUGCUUGGAUUUGCACCCUCUAGAACUGCAAGUAAACAGAGUGGAAGUAUUUUUGGUCCACCACCUCAACAAUUUAAAUGAACUUAAAUCAAUAUUAUAUUGUAAAUUCAAUAUUUUAUGAUUCAUUAUGUAAUUAUUAUUUAAAUUUUGAUACCAUACAUGGUAAAUAUUUAAAUGUUUAUGAAUGACCAAUAUAUAAUAAACAUAAA